AUGUAUCUAAAUAGCGGAAUAUCGGAAAGUUUGUUUAACAUUUCACAAUUGUAAAAAUAACUUCGGGGAUAAAGACAGAUACGACAACACCUGUUCUUGUAAGACGCAAUCACGUCGAGCACGUCGCCACUUUCGUACUCUCCGUUAGUUUCUGUUUCUCGGAGCGGUAAUCACCGACUGUCUUGUUUCCCAUGGCGACAAACGGAAAAGUCCUCAAAAAGGUCGAAAAUGUGGGCUUUAUAGGCGCGGGAAACAUGGCUCAGUGCAUCAUAAAAGGCAUCAAGAGCGCAGGUAUAGCGGCCAAGAACAUUUGGGUUAGCGCUCCAUCCAUGAAGAACCUGGAGACACUAAAGGAGGAAGGAUACAACACAACGCAGCGAAAUGGAGAGGUGACCAAGAAGUGCAGCAUAGUGUUCCUGUGCGUAAAACCACACCUGAUGGACGUCGUGGGUGCCGAGAUACAGCCGCAGCUGACAACGAACCACCUUGUCAUCAGCGUCGCAGCUGCUGUCAAGAUUUCUCACCUAGUCGCUAUGCUUCGCGUGCCAUGUCGAGUGGUCCGGUGCAUGCCCAACACCUGUGUGACAGUGGGUGCAGGUGUGUGCGCCAUCAGCCGCGGCCCUGGUGUAGAUGCGGAUGAUAUUGCACUGGUCAUCAGUUUGCUGGGCAGCAUUGGUCUCUGCGAGGAGGUCUCGGAAAGCAUCAUGGAUGCCGUCUGUGGACUGAGCGGUUCAGGGCCGGCCUAUGUGUGCCUGGCUAUCCAGGGAAUGGCAGAUGGAGCAGUCAAGAUGGGCAUGCCGAGGCAGCUAGCGCUCAGAUUUGCUGCACAGACCAUCAUGGGUGCUGGCAAGAUGGCCCUAGACAGCGGCUACCACCCGGAGGAGCUCAAGGACAACGUCUGCUCACCGGGGGGAACCACGGCCUACGGGCUGUCGGCCCUCGAGAGCCGCUGUGUGCGUGCUGCCUUCGCCGAAGCCGUCGAGGCCGCCACACGCCGUGCUCAGGAGCUGGGGCACAAGGUCGAAAGCAAGGGCACUGCCUCAAACUGACUCCAUUUGGAUUCGCUUUUGGGUGCAGCGUCAACAAGUUCCUCUUCAAGCAUGCCCAAGGCCACCGCAAAGAUUUUACUACCGUUUCAGCCAAUUGCACCGAGCUAUCUCCUUUUGCAGUUCGAAAAUACUGGCUAUAGCGCAGUACCUGCUGGACAUUUAACCUGCACCAUGAUGCACUGUGAAAUACUCAUUUAACCUGCGCCUGGAUACAAUGUGAAAUAUUAACGGCCUGCACACAUCUCGUUGAACUGGAAAGUUAGGGGUAGAAACUGAUGAAAGCGUUUACUUCACAAUUGUGAUUACAGGGUUUGCACAGUGUUCAGUCCUCUUUUAAUGUAUUCGUUCCUAAAUGUAUAGCACAGAUGACGAAUAAAGGCGUGUAGAUUCAUUGAUGCACAGAUUGUCACGCAAAGGAGGGGAACCAGGCAAUUCAAGAAGUGCACACAUUUUUUUUUUCGAAGUUUUUACGCUUGCUGAAGGACAGACUAAGAAGUUAUACGUGCGGAAUACGUGCCAAAACAAACUUACUGCACAGACCUGCCCAUGUCUGUACUUUAGGCUGGUUAUCAACUACGCAACCUGUAGUAGCCCAUGCUUCCCAAUGUAGGCAGAGUGCAAGACCAAAAACACGGAAACAGCAAAUGAGUCUACAGUGUGUGUGCUGCGGUUAUGGACAGUUGCAAAAGAGUUGCAUUAGAGUGUGUAUGUAAGUACCUACGUGGUAAAACUUCAUCCUGCUAAUAUGACUCCCAAGUUUCUGCAUGGGCCAAAAUCAAUGUCACAGUAUAUUGCAUCUGUUAGGUAAAUUUUUCUGUUUGUAGGUUAUUAAAGCAAGGUCAGAACUAAGUGUAGCCCAUCUUUCCAAAGUUUUAGGUUAGCGGGGAAAUGUGCCGAGGAAAAUGUCCCCCUGAGUUCCACUCUCGCCAUCAGUCAUGCCAAUCAAUCACUGUAGUUGUGUUCGUGGUCAAAAAGAGAAGGCACACAAUCUUGAGAUGAAAGAACAUCAUUCACCAUUGGUGCUGCUAUGUUACUACAAUCACCAUUUACACAGUACUCAAGCAGAUAAGGAUGUUUUAAAAAUGUUGCAUUACAGAUACAGUAAAUCCAAUUGUGUUAACUUGAGCCAGGAAAUCAGAUGGUGCACAUCAUUGGUCAAUUGUUAUGAUGCGUUUAGAUCUACCCGAGCAUGUGCCUCGGUAUUUGUCACCAACUUUAAUGCACUCAUAUACUCUUUGUCAAGUGCAACAAAUGUACAUCGUAAUUUGCUUUGAUGCAGUGCUUAACAUUUCGUCACAGGAUAUUGAAAAAGGUAUAUUGCAAGUUUAAACUAUAGCACUGAGUGCAUACUGCGAGGUUUUUUUGAUGCGCAUGACUGUUUGGCAAAGCAUUCUGCAGAGUAUACCAGCCUUGUUUCAACAUUGCAGUACAAUGUAUUUGUGCCGUUUUGUGUGUUGUAUAGUAAAAAAUGAAAAAAAAUCGCAAUCGAUUUCUUCCUGUUGUCUACUUAAAAAGGAAGCUUUAGCACUGAGCCGAUUCCGAUUUCCCUAUUCAAAUACGUGUAAAAUACAGAAAUACUAACCGAUUUGAGUGAAAGUUGCUGCAGUUGAGAAAAUGGUGAAGUCUCGUGAAUCUAGGAAGCGGAAUUUUGAGUUAGGGGCUAAAAUUUUUCUUGAAAACUUCUGAAAGUUUCCGAAAACUUGCAGCACGUUUACAAUUCCACAACUCUUCGUCAUAAACAGAUAUUGCAGUUCUGUAAAUGGCAUCUGUUAGAGCAUCUAAAGCGAACAAAUUUUAUAUAUGAAUUUACGACCUUGUGAAAUGGUUACAAUGUUAAUGGGGGACUUGCGAAAAUCCUCUCACAUUGGUCGUAUAGUAUUUCAGUGCAACAUAUAUUCACUUUUGUUCACUUUAGAUGCAUUAUGCGCAGUUAACAGAAUUGUGAUAAAGUUUUUCAUUGCCGAGUUACACAGUUGUAGACUUGACGGUUGAGCGUUCUGAAAUUUUGCAAGUUGAAGUAUUUUUUUCUUCAAAAGAUUGACGGCAUAAGUCUGCUUGCCACAGUCGCUAGAUUUCAACAUUUUCUUUCAUAUGCAACAAACCUCAUCAAAUUCGGUGCAGUGGUUGCCGAGAAAAACUAUUUCUCCAUUUCCAUGUAUUUAGAUAGGAACUCCCGAGCUAAAGAUUCCUCUUAACAGUGCCCUUAUUCGCAGACACAGGUACCACUCUCCAGAUUUUCUUUCCCUGUCAUGCUGCACUGGAGAAGCAGGCUGUACAGAGUUCCAAUAUGGUUGACAGAAAUCUCUGACCACACGGUCAAUGAUACCAUGGCAGCGUCUUGUAACCACCGCAUGUUUGACAAGAUUAGAUUUCAAAGUGCAUUAAAGACUUGGUUUGGUUGAAACUUU